AUGGAAGUUUUCAGCAGGAUGUUGCAGAGAGUUGAGGGUGCUGGCUUAAUCCGUGGUUUUAAAGCUGAUGGUAGGAGGGGUGGUGGGGAAUGUGUUUCACAUCUCUUGUUUGCAGAAGAUACAAUUCUAUUUUGUGAUGUAGUUGUGGAGCAAAUCCUUCAUGUUCAAUUGUUGUUACUUUGUUUUCAGGCUGUGACAGGCUUGAAGGUCAAUGUGCAGAAGAGUGAAAUGGUUCCAAUAGGAGAAGUAAAUGAUGUCCAUGCCUUGGCUAAGAUAUUGGGCUGUAGGAUUGGAACUUUGCCUAUGUCUUAUCUUGGCAUGCUGUUGGGGGCCUCUCAUAAAUCACCUUCAAUUUGGAAUCCUAUUCUAGAAAAAAUUGAGCGAAAGUUGGCCGGAUGGAAGAAGCUGUAUUUGUCUCAGGGGGGGUAG